AGCGCUCGCGAGCCCCGACGCGCCGGCGCACGCCCGCGUUGUGCUACUCGGAUCUUCUAUAAUUUGAUGUAAAAUAAAUCAUUGCGACGCUAAUUUAGUUACAAUGGCAUUUCUAUUAAGGAAGUGUGUCGUCAACUUGAGGACUGUGAACCGAUGCCGCAAGUUACGUCUGCCAUUGCGAAGUGAUUUCAAACAUUCAAGGGGGAGUAGCAUAGAAAAUAUUGAAUUCUCCAUUGCAGGAGCACACACAACAUGGAGGCAGUUCCAUACUAGUCAAAUCACUCAAAAAACAGUAGCCUUCAAGUUAUCUGAUAUCGGAGAGGGAAUCCGAGAAGUAGUUAUCAAAGAAUGGUUCGUAAAAGUCGGCGAUAAGGUGGCACAGUUCGACAAUAUCUGUGAGGUCCAGAGUGACAAGGCCGCGGUGACCAUCAGCAGUCGCUAUGACGGAGUGAUCACGCGACUCUACCAUCAGGUCGACCAAACAGCGUUGGUCGGGCAGCCGCUCGUGGAUAUAGAAGUAGAAGGAGAAGAGGACAAUGACUCUUCAGACUCUGAAACUGAAAAAGCGAGUACACCCGCUCCUGCUACAGAUACAAAACAACGAGUAAGAGUGUUGACUACUCCGGCUGUUAGAAGAAUAGCUGCACAAUUUCAAGUAGACCUAAGCACUAUUAAAGCUACUGGUAGAAAUGGAAGGGUCUUGAAAGAAGAUGUGCUAGCUUAUCUCAACAUGAGCUCAGACGAAUCUAACGAAGUACCAAACUUGACAGCAGUACAAGCAGUUUCUAUUCCUGUGGUGCAGGCGCAUGCUAGGACUGAGAUAGUUUUAGAUGACAGAACCGUACCAGUCUCUGGCUUUACUAAGGCCAUGGUUAAAUCAAUGACUGAGGCAAUGAAAAUCCCACACUUCGGAUUCAGCGAUGAAUAUGAUGUAUCAAAAUUAGUAGAGGCUCGUGAAAAAUUAAAGAAAUUAGCCCAGGACCAUGUAGUAAAGCUCACUUAUAUGCCAAUCAUCAUGAAAGCGGCCUCGCUCAGCCUGACUUCCUUCCCGAUUCUGAACAGCAGCCUCGAUAGUACUUGUGAAAAUGUAACGUACAAGGCGAGCCAUAAUAUCGGAGUUGCUAUGGAUACCCCUAAUGGAUUAGUUGUACCAGUUAUCAAGAAUGUUCAAAAUAAGAGCAUAUUAGACAUCGCUCGAGAACUAAACACCCUUCAAGAGAGAGGAACCAAAGGUCAACUCGGACUCGCAGAUCUAAGUGGAGGAACGUUCACAAUUUCAAACAUCGGGAUUGUUGGGGGAACUUACACGAAGCCUGUUAUAUUGCCACCACAAGUUGCUAUUGGCGCACUAGGAAAGAUUCAGGCCCUGCCUCGAUUCGAUUCGGAAGGCAAAGUUAUCAAAGCUCACAUUCUGACAGCGAGCUGGUCUGCCGACCACCGGGUCAUCGACGGCGUCACUAUGGCUCGCUUCUCCAACAGCCUCAAGAAAUACCUCGAGGAUCCAUACACGCUGCUAUUAGAUCUAUAAAUUGUCCAACAAUAUCCCCAUCUCAGUCUCUUUACUGUUUUAAGUACGUAAUGUUUUUGUUAAAAUAAAACGUCUAAGCUAAAAUUAAA